UAAUGUUAGAGUAAAAAAUAAAAAUAAUUUAGGUAAUAAUUAAUAUUAUUUAGUUGAUCGCGGUAACUCCGGCUUCACGUUCAACAUGGCUAAAGUAUUUGGCGUUUUUAAGACUAUUAGGAACAAUUGGAAGAAAUCUGUGUUCUUCACUGCUGUCCUGUCGUAUGGUGCCAAUUUCGCCAACGAAAAAUAUGAGACUCACAUGUUUAUGUCUCAAUGCUGUAAAAUUGUUUCGGCUUAUGGAAAUAUGCCAUUGCCAGUAGAUAAAAAACCUAAAAAAGUAACGGUUAUAUUAAAUCCAGCAGCUAACAAGAGAAACUCUAAAUCAGAUUUUGAAAAAUAUUGUGCUCCUCUAUUAUACUUGGCUGGUUAUUCAGUUACAGUCCUUACAACAGAACGAGAAGGUGGUGCUAGAAGUUUGGUAGAAAAUUUAAUUGGUGAAACUGACGCUCUUAUUGUAGCUGGAGGUGAUGGUACCUUAUCAGAGGUAGUAACUGGAUUGUUAAGGCGUUUAAAGGGUGAUAUAUCUCUUACUGAACAUUUACCAAUUGGGAUUUUACCUCUUGGACGUACAAAUAAUGUUGCUCGACAAUUGUUACAACCCCAGGAUGACAACCAUGUACAUUUUCUUACCAAUGCGACAAUGGCUAUUAUAAAUGAGGUUAAUUCUGCUCAUCCAGUUGUAAAAAUUGAAAAUUUAGAGAGUCAAAAUCCUGAAAAAUGUGUCUAUGCUUUAAAUAGUAUUGAAUGGGGUGCAUUAAGAGAGGCUAAAGUAACACGUGAUCAAUACUGGUAUUUUGGAAAACUAAGAGAUUUGGCUGCUUUUGUGUUUGGUAACAAAUUGAUCCACUACACUUUGGAAGCAGAUUUAGAAUACAGUCCGCCAUGCUCUGGUUGUAGUAAUUGCUACAAAAAAAUAAACUCUGCUAUGAAUAAGUCAUCAGGUUUAUUUUCCUGGAUAAGUUGGGCUUUUUCAUUUAAUAGGAAUUCUGGUGGUAUAGAUUAUUCAAAAGUAAUCAACCCUGAAUGCAGUAAUUAUUCAAAAGUUCCAAUCAAAACUUUUAAUGUUAAUAUUAAUUUAGAUGUCAAACAAACACCAGUUUUACAAAUUAAUGUUUGUCCAGAAAAUAUUUCUUACUCUGAAUUUGUGAAAGAAGGUUAUUCAAAAUUUAGAAAUGAAAAUAGUAAAAUUCAAAAUUUUAUUAUAGAAGCAAAAGAUGUGACUGUAACACCUCAUAUUGAUGAAGAAAAUAAAUGGCUAUCAAUUGAUAAUGAGGAUUACGAAGUUAAGCCAAUGAGAUUGUCAUUGCUACCAAAUGCAGUUUAUUUAUUCAAGCCUGACAAUUCAAUAAAUAAAAAGAAAAAUGAUCAAGAAUCAAGUUUGUCAUUAGAUAAGUUUAAAAACCAUAUUGGUUUAAAACAAUUUGUUUAAUUAAAUGUUUAUAGUAUGGACUGAAUAUAAAUAUAUACAUAUACUUAUUAUGUAUAUUAUCUUGUACAAAUGUUUGAUUAUUCAAUUUGUAAAAAUAGGUAUAUCAAUUCCAAUGUAUUAUUAUAAACUUUUUGUUAUUAAUCGUUAUCACAAGAAUUUCUUUAAUUAAAGAAUAAUUUAAAAAUUGACCAAUUAGCUAGUGAACUGUUACUAUACAUUUAUAUUUUUUAUUUUAGAUUAAUGUUAUGUGUUAAAUUAAAAUUGUGGAGUGUAGAUUUUCAGUUAUGAUAUACCUACCAGCUGAAAAUUAAUGUAGAAAAGUAGGUAUUAAUAAAAAAAAAUCAUCUUUAUACAACCAAUAGAUAAAAAAUAUAAACUGAUAUAAAUUAGA